AUGGGAGAUAUGGAUAAAAAAUCACAAAGAUUUCAAAUGCCUCAACAAGGAUAUCCGUUUAUGCAGCAAGGAUUCCCACAACAAAUGCCAUAUGGUUUGAGACCGGAUGUAAGCAAUAGAAACAUUAAUUUUCAACACAUGGGGAUAAGACAACAACAAAUUCCGAUUCCCAACGCGCCUAGACAAGAGUACGUGGGGCACUCUGGUUUUGAAAUGCCACAACAACAACCUCAUAUGAUCCAAAGAAUGCCUACCUAUGUGCAGAGACCAAAGCCAAAACCUGAAUAUAAAGUUUUUGAGUUAAAUAAGUUGUUACAACAAAGGCCAGAAAAUGCAGAUAACCAAUGGUGGGAUGUUUUCGCCUCCGAGUUCUUUGAAGACGAUGCAACCUUGACGAUUAGUUUUAAUAUGGACAACGAGAACAAGUCUUUUAAAGUUAAAAGAACUUUGAUUCCUAGAUAUUUUAAGAGCAUAUAUGAGGGUGGUGUCACAGAUUUAACAUAUAGUCUACGGCACACCCAGGAAUCAUACAAUAACACAGGAUUUUUGUUACGUACUGACCACUGCACUGUCACAACACACCACAGCGUACCUUUAUUUACCAAGGUGUGCACAGAAGGCAGUUUAAUUAUUCAUUUUUCGACAACAUUGAAGAUAAAGUCAUGGCAUUUUAAUGCACGAUCAUUUGGUGAAUUAAUUUCAAGAUCUAUAUUGGGAAUGCAAUUUCAACAAAACCAAGGUAUGUUCGAACAAAUCUCCAAAAAUAUUACGUCACAAGGUGUGACAAAUUCGACAUUAAACUACUUAAGGAUGAGUGAGAUUCUACAACCAAUGCAAGAUUUGAUGGUAAUGCAAAAAUCUUCAGGAUUAUCUCCAAAGGAUUGUUUGAACACAAUGUUAAACCAGAAUCAAAAGGAGGCUAAUGUGGAAAAACCCGCUUCACCAAACCCAAAUUCAAGAAGAAAAAGGAAAAGUGCGAACCGGGAGGAUCUCGAGAAAGCAAAUAAAAGGAAUGAUAAUUAUCCAAAUAUGGGUGGUUACGGAAACAGUAGAGGCUUUAAUAUUGAUUCCAUGCUAAACUAA